GUCACUGAACUCGUCUCACUGACAACUGACGUGUUUUUAAACUCAAACUAGUUUUGAAGUUUAAGUUAAAGUUUGUUUAGGUUAUGUUAUGUUAUCGCGCGAUUCGUGCGGUAUUUCUUUAUUUUCUUUGGAUAAUUUAUUGAGUGAUAUAAUUUUUGAAUUUUCAAAGAAGAAAACGGCAUACGGCAUAUAAACAGUAUGCUUUCUAAAACAAUUACCAGGGUUUUAUUGAAUGAGAAUGCUAGACGUACGAUUCGACACAUCUCAAUUAGGAAAAAGUCCUACACUCCUAUGAAUACUGUGGUGAUGUUUGUACCACAACAAGAAGCAUGGGUUGUUGAAAGAAUGGGAAAAUUUCAUAGGAUACUAGAUCCAGGCUUGAACAUCUUGAUUCCCAUAGCAGAUAGAGUUAAAUAUGUUCAAAGUUUAAAAGAAAUUGCUGUUGACAUACCCAAGCAAAGUGCUAUAACUUCAGAUAAUGUAACACUCAACAUUGAUGGUGUCUUGUAUUUGAGAAUUGUAGAUCCUUAUUUAGCAAGUUAUGGAGUGGAAGAUCCAGAAUUUGCAAUAACUCAAUUAGCACAAACAACAAUGAGAUCAGAACUUGGGAAAAUAUCUCUAGAUAAGGUCUUCAGAGAAAGAGAAAGUUUAAAUAUUGCCAUGGUGGACUCAAUUAAUAAAGCUAGUGCAGCAUGGGGAAUGACAUGUUUACGUUAUGAAAUUAGGGACAUCAAGUUACCCCCAAGAGUCCAAGAUGCAAUGCAGAUGCAGGUGGAGGCUGAAAGAAAGAAACGUGCUGCAAUUCUGGAAUCAGAAGGGGUCAGGGAAGCUGAUAUAAAUGUAGCUGAGGGUAAAAGAAGAGCAAGGAUUUUGGCUUCUGAAGCUGAAAGACAAGAACAGAUCAACAAAGCUGCUGGUGAAGCUGCAGCAAUACUUUCAGUGGCUGAAGCUAGGUCUAGGGGGCUCCAAAUGGUGGCUGAGGCUCUACAGAAAGACCUGGGUCCAAAUGCUGCUUCUUUAAGUAUUGCUGAGCAAUAUGUUAGUGCAUUUGAUAAGUUGGCAAGGACAAAUAAUACAUUAAUUCUACCAGCUAAUACAGGAGAUGUGUCUAGUUUGGUGUCACAAGCAAUGAGUAUUUAUUCAACAAUCACCAAAUCUCAAGGAAUAUCAAAGAUUGAGAAACCAUCAGUAUCAGUUUACAAAAAGAAAUUGCCUCCACCUCCUAAAGAUGAUCUGGCAGAAUUCUUCAGUGAUGAAGAGGAUCUUAAGAAGCAUAAAUCAUUGAAAAUUGAAUCAGUCAAAUUGAAGGAUAAUUAAAUAAUAG